UGUAACCGUGCCAGCUCAGGACCACCACAUUGGACCUUUGAGAAGUAGUUUUUUGCAAAAAAAAAAGCUAUUUUCCCAUUUUAAUUGAAAUCUAAGAUACUUAACUGUUACCAAGAAAUGAUUUGAUAUUGAUAUAAAAAUGUCUGUAUUGGGCAUUUAAUUAAUAUCCAGGCUGGCUUUGUGAGAUUUGUUGCAUGACUGCUUUGCAGGCCGUCGAAAGCGGCCGCCAUACGCGCCUACGCAUUUUCGUGAUGUCAGUUGAGAAGCGACAGGCUACGGCACAGUGUUACAAUUACUGAUGGCGCAAGAGGCGGACGAAAUAAUAAUAAUAAUAAUAAUAUAAUAUAUGCCAUUUAGCAGACGCUUUUAUCCAAAGCGACUUACAGUCAUGUGUGCAUACAUUCUACGUAUGGGUGGUCCCCGGGGAUCGAACCCACUAUAUAAUGAUUAAUUAUCACGGGGGUUUCGAAAAAAUAGACCGGAAAAACAGCCGUUAUCCUUAUUGCGUCGUUUGGACACCUAUUCCAAUACUGUCGACUCCCCAAUACAGUGCCGUACCUCUGUUUUGUUCAGGUGGUUGCUCCCCUUCAUUGGUCACAUGGGGAUCUGUACUUCUGCAGGCGUGAUAAGAGACUUCGCUGGAUCUUACUUAGUGUCUGAAGAUAAUAUGGCCUUUGGAAGACCAACAAAGUACUGGAAGCUUGAUGUUGAUAAGGUGUGUGGCACUGGCUCAGCUGCCUGGGACAAGGCAGUGCACGACGCAUACAAAUGCAGGCCGCACAACCUCUGCUGUGAUAACUGCCACUCCCACGUGGCCCUGGCCCUUAACCUCAUGCGCUACGACAACAGAACGUCCUGGAACAUGGUCAACCUAUGCCUGCGGUCCCUUAUCCACGGCAAGCAUGUCAGCUGUGUGUCUUUCCUCAAGACCUGGCUGCCCUUCCUUAUGUUGACUGGAGCCCUCGUCACCUUCAUCCUAACGCUCAACCUGCACUGACCACACAAGGGACACGAAGUGGGAAACGGAGGGGAGAGAUAAUACAAGGGAUUUUCCUGCUCUGUUGUAAUCAUAAAAAGUGAAAGAAGAAGAAUAAACGUUUUGAUGGGACACUUCUUUGUGCAGUGCUAACAUUCACACUCUCACGAGGGCAGUUAUGUCCAGCUGUUCUGGCUUGUUUUGAUGUACAUUUUACUAGAUUCAGAAAGGAAUGUCAUAUAAAUGAAUGUUUGGCUUGGGAUAGUCAUAACUAUAUACAGUGCCUUGCGAAAGUAUUCGGCCCCCUUGAACUUUGCGACCUUUUGCCACAUUUCAGGCUUCAAACAUAAAGAUAUAAAACUGUAUUUUUUUGUGAAGAAUCAACAACA